AUGGACGAUCCGAAAAGAUAUAAGGAACACAUAACGCAAAUUAAAGUAGCAAGAGGCAAGGUUAAGGCCUCCUUAACUAGAUUAGAACAUUCUGCAGAUGAAUUGGAAUCAAGAAAUGAGGUAGUGAUUCGUUUGCAGAGAUUUAGAAGUAAUAUGUCAAAACAAAAAAUGGGAGAUCUUCCUGAGGGACGAGUGACUCUCAACAGACCAUUUUUUGUCUGUGGUAUUGAUUAUGCAGGUCCAAUUUCUAUAUUGAAACACCGAGGCAGAGGAGCCAAAACAACGAAAGGUUAUAUGGUUGUAUUUGUAUGCUUUGCUACGAAGGCUUUACAUUUAGAAUUGGUUACGGAUUACACGUCCGAUUCCUUUAUUGCUGCAUUGAAACGUUUUUGCUCAAGAAGGAGCACACCUAAACAUAUUCAUUCGGACAAUGGGACUAAUUUUUUAGGAGCUAAAAGGAAGUUCAAAGAUUUAUACAACCAUUUAUCUAAAAUUAAUCUAGAUCAAAAUGUUUCGUAUUUUCUUUCUCAACAGGAAAUUGAAUGGCAUACUAUCCCUCCUUUGAGUCCGCAUUUUGGUGGACUCUGGGAAGCUGGUGUAAAAUCGGUAAAAUUUCACUUAAAGCGAGUUUUAGGAAAUUCAAACUUAACUUUUGAAGAACUUUAUACUUUAUUAACUCAAAUAGAGGCGAUAUUAAACUCAAGACCCCUAGUUGGUGCAGAUAAUGAUGAUGUAGAUAACUUAAAUGUUCUAACACCAUCUCAUUUUAUAAUUGGAGAUUUAAAUCGACUAGCGUCUCAAUCGCAACGUAAUCCCUAUGGAAUGGGCGAAUCCAUCAUGAACCGUACUUUUCACAGUUCAGAACCAGGGUCACCAAUGAGGAAGAUUGAUGAGGACGAGGAGCAAACUCGUGACGUUGGGGUUUGCAGCCGAGUAACAAGACCACUAAACAAAAGUGUUCAAUCUUUCCAGAGGCUGUUAUCUGGCUUAUAA